AAUCUUAGAAGAUAUGAUAUUAUAUUCUUAAAGAUUUGAUGGUAGGUACCCUUUAAUCUCGUCCGUCGAUGUAAUUGUAUCUUGACCGUCGGUUUUGGGGGAGCUCAAGUAUAAAUAGAGAGCCUCCCCCUCAUUUGUACUCACUCCAUUCAUUGUUUCAUUAUUCUUUGUGAAUAAGAGAAUAGAGAGCAUUUACUCAAACACUUUGUGUGCGUCCCUUUCAUUGUUCUUUAUAAGCUUCUUUUGGCAUAAGUUUGCUUCCAUUUGCAGUCGGUGCCUUGGAGGAGUUCUUAAAGAAUCCUCAUUCGAGUAAAGGCUGACUUGGGCGAGUUUGGACGAGCGAAUCGCCUAAGGCCGCACGGAUUGCGCGACGAAAGGUCUAGUCCCGUGACACUUGAAUAUACAAUUAAGUUUGUAUAUUAUCAAAUAUUAUGAAAUGUUUCAUAAUAAAUUCUCGAUUUUCCAUGAUAUCUACCUUUAAUUCUCAUCAAUCCACCAAUUAAGUUAUUGGCUCAAUAGCAAAUUUGUGUGUUUCAAAUUAAUUGACAUGAAGUUUAAAUUUGGAUCAGUAAACCCCUUUUCCAUUAUAAUUUAAUUGCUUCCUAGUAUAAAAGAAAAUCUCUUGAAUUUAAAAAUAAUAUAGAUGGUGUUUAAAAAAUGGACCAGAUAACGAAUUCCAUCAAUAAAUAUUGACCAUAAUUGGUCAUUUAUGUGUGCUUCGUCAGACCAAGAAAUUUUCAAACACUGAACCAACCGGGUAUUGCAAUAGAAUGGUUGGUCCAAUGAGCUAGCACAAUUAAAAGAGACGACUCGGAAUAUUAUGGUUUUUCUCUUGACUUGAUCAUUGCCAAACUCAAAAGUCACGCCAUUGGUAUUUCCACCACCACUACUACAAGUCCAUGAUCAUGUUCUUAUGAUCUUGCACAACCCAAGGCAUUAUUAGUUGUUCCUGCAAUGUCUACACCAGCACAAUAUUAUCAAUCGUUGCCGCCUGUGAGCAAGUUCUAUGGAGUGGCCUGUUUGAUGACCACCUCCGCCUUCUAUCUUGCCCUUUAUGAUCCCUGGAACAUAGCUCUCUCUUACCAAGAAGUAUUUAAACGUUUCCAGGUUUGGAGGCUCAUCACCAACUUCUUCUUCCUUGGGCCAUUUUCACCCUUUUUCGCCAUCCGUCUUAUAAUGAUAGCAAGAUAUGGUGUGUUACUAGAGAGAGUGCCUUUUGACAAGAGAACAGCAGACUAUGUCUGGAUGCUGAUGUUUGGAGCACUGUCACUUUUGGUGAUGGCUGCUAUUCCAUUUCUAUGGACACCUUUCAUGGCCGGUUCACUGGUUUUCAUGAUCGUCUAUGUUUGGAGCCGUGAGUUCCCAAAUGCACAAAUUAGCAUCUAUGGUGUAGUAACAUUGAAGGGAUUUUAUCUACCAUGGGCAUUGCUAGCUUUGGAUCUAAUAUUUGGGGCUUCUUUAAUGGAAGAUAUAAUAGGGAUGGUUGCAGGGCAUCUUUAUUACUUUCUAACAGUAUUUCAUCGUCUUGCUGGUGGCAAAUACGUUCUCAAGACCCCUCUUUGGGUACACAAACUAGUAGCGUACUGGGGGGAGGGAAUCCAAAUUAAUUCUCCAGUGCAGCGUGACCCUUCUGCCGGAGUUGCUUUCCGAGGAAGAAGCUACCGACUCGAUGGUAAUCGAGCCAGAACAACUACGGCGCCGUCAGAGCAGAACCAGACCGAUAAUUCAGCAAGGCAGCCUAAUUCAGGCGAGGGCGUUGCAUUUCGGGGGAAAAGUUACCGGCUUAGUGGUCAUUAACUGAGGACUCCAUCUUUACAUUCUACCAAGUUUUUAUGGUAUUAGUUUGUUCACUAUGUUAUAUUUUGAAAUUUAAACUAUCCAUUAACUAUGAUCCAAUAACUAAGGUUUAAUUUCUUGUACGAUUUUACAAAUGAAAUGUUACUUUAAUUCAAUUUUCACUAAUUAUAAACAA